CGGGGUCUGCGGUCACUGCGCAUGGCAGAGUGGGUUGAGGCAGUGGAAAAAAAGGAGGAAGAGAGCCCGACCACUGACAAUCAGCUCUCUUUUUGGCCAGUAUUGUGUAUAAGGCCAGUAAAGCUGGUGCAUUUAUACUGUUGGAAGACAUUGACUCGAGGGGAUCUCCAAUCAAGAACUUGGAGCAAAAAAAGGAUUUAUGUGCACAUUGCAGCAGAUAAGAAUGUGAGUAACAGCCCGUGUCAAUUCACUGAGCUUCCAGAUAAAGAAAGUAUCUUUUUGUGAAUUUGAAGUCCACUUCUGCUGUACAUCCCUUUCCCUGAAUCAUCAUGGAGGAUGAGUCUGGGUCGUUGGUUAACCUGGCUCCGAGCCCCCAAAGUGAAGCAGUAGCUCAUGAUCUUCAGGAAUUAUCCUUGCAGUCUGUCCAGCAAUUACCCCCUCUGAAGGAAAGGAAGAAUGUACUUCAGCUACGUCUGCAGCAGAGGCGCACAAGAGAACAACUUGUGGAUCAAGGCAUCAUGCCACCAUUAAAAAGCCCUGCUGCAUUUCACGAGCAGAUUAAAAGCUUGGAGCGUGCCAGGACUGAAAAUUUCCUGAAACACAAGAUUCGCAGUCGGCCAGAACGCUCAGAGCUUGUAAGGAUGCAUAUUUUAGAAGAGACACUGGCUGAGCCCUCUUUGCAGGCUACACAGAUGAAACUUAAGCGAGCGAGACUAGCAGAUGACCUCAAUGAAAAGAUCGCCCAGAGGCCUGGUCCGAUGGAGCUGGUACAAAAGAACAUCCUUCCAGUUGAUUCGAGUGUUAAAGAAGCCAUUACAGAUGAAACGUACCCAGAAACUCCGGAUGCGUUCUCAUUUGAUGAAGACAGCAGCGAUGCUUUAUCCCCAGAGCAGCCGGCAAGCCAAGAAUCUCAAAGCUCCGCAGCAUCUCCAGGAGAGAUUAAAGCCAGUGACUCCUCUUCUCCGAUGUCGAACACUACCAUUCAGUGCCAAACAGUUCACUCGCCUCUCCCGGAGUUCUUUAAACCACCACCAACUCCCGCUCCUGAACUUUGUCUUCGUUCACCGGUUACCACCACACUCCCAAAGCCGGGGCCGACUCUGGUAAAGCAAAGCCAGCCGAAGAGUACAAGCGACAAGCCUCGUAAAAAGUCCAAAGAACCAAAACCACGGGUAAAAAAGUUAAAAUACCACCAGUAUAUACCACCAGACCAGAAAGGAGAGAAGAUCGAGCCAGAGAUGGACUCCAAUUAUGCCCGUCUCCUGCAACAACAGCAACUAUUCCUUCAGCUGCAGAUCCUGAGCCAACAGCAACAACACUACAACUACCAUACGAUCCUGCCUGCACCGCUCAAGUCACGUAAUGACAAGCAAACCAGCAGCAGUGUAAUCACCAACAAUAUGAAUAACAGCGUGACCUCAGUAACCCCCAUCAUGAACAGACAGAACAGUAUUCCAUUUAAAAAAGCGGGUCCGUUGCCGUCUAACUUGGAUGAUAUGAAGGUUGCAGAACUUAAAAUGGAAUUGAAGCUGAGAGGUUUACCAGUAUCUGGAACAAAAACCGAUCUUAUUGAGCGUCUGAAACCAUAUCAGGAUUUUAACAACAAUGGAGUGGUAACAAACAAUAUAACCGUGGCCUCCAUCACCCCUGCUGUCACUAGUACUACAGAAGAGGUUACGACUACAUUAAGUAACUCGGUCAGCACAACAUCCAGCUUCUCUCCUGAUGUUUCUUCCACCACAGCUGGUAGUACCCAAGCACACACGGAUGGCAUGAGCUCUCCAUUGCCCAUGUCGCCUGCCCCUUCAGAACAAUCCAACUUUAGCACAGAAGACACUAAUAUGACAGACACCUUUGCAGAAAUCAUGACCAUGAUGUCACCAUCCCAGUUCAUGAAUACAUCCCCCAUUAAAGUUGGUGUAAAUGAGGAAAGUGGAACUACAGCAAGCAUGGAUUUAGAUUCUGCUGAAAAAGACCGUAAGCUCCAGGAAAAGGAAAAGCAAAUUGAAGAGCUGAAGAGAAAGUUAGAACAGGAGCAAAAACUUGUUGAAGUGCUUAAGAUGCAGCUGGAGGUGGAGAAACGAGGACAAUCUUGUUCUAAUCUUAUGCUGAAUGUGGAUCAGAAGAAUUUUACUGCUAAUAUUAAACAAGAGAACACUGUGCUAGACUGUCAGAAUUCUAAACCAUCAGUUGUAACAAGUGGUCAUCUACUGGGACAUACGACCGUAUCUUCCAGUGGCCCAAGCAUCAUUGCCAAUAAUGCUGUAGUCAUCAAGCAAGAAGUACCUUUAGCCAAACCUGAGCAUCAGAACAUUAUCCAGCAGUUUUAUGUUGCUUCUCCGAGGCAGUCUCAAACUGCGGUGAUGACCCAGUCGCAGGCAUUGCUAACCACAUCAACAGCUCAGAUCCUGCUCCCGGUAUCAAUCAAAACUACCAAUGGGAUGCAACUGUCUAUGGUUCAGGCUACAGCAGCUGCACCUAGUCCUGCAAAGACGCAGGUCUCCUCCGCAGUUUCGUCAGCUGUCGUCCAGGCUCCAACUGUUCAGAAGCAGCCAGUUUCAUUGAAACAAGACAUAUUUACAGCACAGACACUGAACCAAAACCAGCAAACGAGAAAGGUUUGCCCUCCUGCUACAUCAAACAAUAUUUUUUCCUACCCACAAACCCCAGUCACUGCUGCUCCCCAACCAUUCAGCAACGCUGCAUCACCUAGUUCCCAGCAACCAAGAACGAAGCAGCCUGCCCCAGUGCAGAAUGGACCCGCUGCUUUGCCGGAGCAGUCCAACGCGUCCUCCCCUCCCCAAACAUAUAUUGUACGCCAACCAUUGUUCAACAACAACUCCACAACCAAAGCUAAAGAUCCUCCGCGGUAUGAAGAGGCCAUAAAACAAGCCCGUAACAUCCAGGGAUCCAAUAGCGAGGUUCCCAAUGCACACAGCCAACAGAUGGAUGAUCUGUUCGAUAUCCUAAUUAAAAGUGGAGAAAUCUCCCCGCUGAUAAAAGAAGAACCUUCUCCUAUAUCAAAGCGGAGACCCGUUACUGCCAAUGUAACCACCAUGCCGGUGAACACUGCUGUGUCAAGGCCACCGCCGCAGGUACACGUAGCGCCGCCUCUGUGUUUGGAACCAACAUAUAGCUUGUCGGUAAGCUUAGAAAGUCAAUUAGAAGCGUUUUUGGAUGGAACAUUACCAGCAGGAAACAACAUUCCCCAUCUGGAAAGCCAAGGUGAUGACAGAGAGACUUUUUCUCUAAUUGAUGACCUAAACAAUGAUCUCCUUCAACACCAUAGCAUACUGGAUCAGGACUCUACACCCAUGGAUACCACUGAAACACCCUUUACAGCAACCGGUUGCUUAUCGCUAGAUAUUCAUGACACAAGUCUGGACAACAUGGAAUGGCUGGAUAUCACUAUGCCCAACUCUGCAUCUUCUCUCACCCCUCUAAGCUCUACUCUCCCAAGUAUGUUUUCAACUGACUUUUUGGACUCUAAUGAUUUGCAGUGGGAGUAAGCUUUGACAAUGGGGCUUCAUUAUAAUAACCUAGGCUGGAAGUAUGGUUGUGAUUUAACUAAUUACGCCAUAGAACAUAACAGAGAUAGAUCUGCAGCUAUUUCACUGCAUUGGAUUUCCAAAUCUUUGGGCUCCUGGAGAGAGACACUACAUUGUACAUCAAAACAGGUAACUGAUGACAUGUUAGAAAUCAGGAAAAUGAAAUGACAGAUCAUCUAAAAAAGUGAAUGGGCAACGGGAUUAGUGAGUGUAUUAUUUGUACAGACAAUUUGGGGAAUACCUGUUCUGAAAUAUAGGGAAGGGAAUAGACCUUUUUAAGUUUUUAUUUUUAAUAUUUUUUUUUUUCCGUUUUUUGUACAUUUUUUUGACAAAACUGCACUUGACUGUUCCUGUGAACAGGCUGAGCCAAUGUGCAUUCUGCAAUUCAUGACAAACAUCGCUGACUGGUUCAGUGUAGACUUAAACAUGGUAUAAAAAUUCACUAGCACGCAGCUCAGAGCAUGUGUUAUACUUGGCAAUUCUAUUGUAGAUCUUUAAGUGAUAGCAGGCAAUAUCUUUAAAAGUAUUGUUUUCACUGAUUGUUUUGAUUUUUAGAAACAGAAGUGCAUUGAUUUUUUUUUUCUUUUGUUUCUGGAACAAAUGCCACUAAAGAAUUCUCACAGCAACCUCCCCAGUCCGUGCUGUAAUAUAUUGUAAAAAAAUUAUUACAUUUGUGUAUACGGGGGACUUUUUUAACUCUAUAAACCCAAUGCAUGAACACACCAAAACAAA